CCGGUGAGGAUAGCGGCCAGCUGUUUGUUGUGCCAGGCGAGACAGCAGGACGGAGCCCGAGCUUUUCCACAGGAUUUCUCUCAAAGGAACCGUUUUCAGAGACUGCCACGAUGAGUCUAGCAAAGUUUUUCGGCUUCGGAAAGAAUGAGAAGUCCAUCACGCCCGGAGAGGCGAUCCAGAAACUGCGAGAUACGGAGGAAAUGCUGUGUAAGAAGCAGGAUUUCUUGGAGAAAAAGAUUGAUCAGGAAAUCUCUCUUGCGAAGCAGCACGGAUCCAAAAAUAAGAGAGUGGCCCUGCAAGCUCUGAAGCGUAAGAAGCGAUAUGAGAAACAGCUGCAACAGAUUGAUGGCACUCUUAGCACCAUUGAGAUGCAGCGUGAGGCCUUGGAGUCGGCUAGCACGAACACCACAGUCCUGCAGACCAUGAAUGAAGCUGCCAAGGCUCUGAGGGCAGCACACCAGGACAUGGACGUGGACAAGGUUCAUGACAUGAUGGACGACAUUGCAGAACAGCAGGAGGUUGCCCAUGAGAUCUCUGAGGCCAUCUCCAACCCUGUUGCAUUUGGUGAUGGCGUGGAUGAGGACGACCUGCUGGCUGAGCUUGAGGAGUUAGAACAAGAGGCUCUGGACGAGAAACUCCUAGAGACCACAGGAGUCACAGACGAGCUUCCAGAAGUUCCCUCGGCUAUUCCAGAGACCGUCUCCAAGAAGAAAGCCAAAGAGGACUAUGAUGAUGAUAUGGCGGAACUUGCAGCCUGGGCCUCAUAAGCAUGGUUCUCUGUAUGGAUCCCUGCCCAGUUUCGUUGGCCUUCCGGUUAUCAAGCCUGGUGCAAGUGGCUGUCUCAUUGGGACUAUCUGUGUGUGGCUUACCUCGUGGCACCUGCAUUCAAAACAGCCUGUUUCUUCUUAUUUUCAUGUAAUGUUAAUUAUUCAUUGAUUAUGGGUUAAUAGAUAUCUAUGUGUACAUUCUUCAAAUUACAGUGAUAACCUUUUGCGAGUGCUUCAGGUAAAUGUGCAAACUGCUCAGUUCCUUGUGGGUUUUUAGAGCGAUUCACUUCAGUGCUUUGUAUAUUGGAUUAAUUGAGUGGUUAAAUUGCUUGCUUUUUAAAUAUAAGCUGAGUAAUUUGGAGUGAUCAUACUUAUCAUAGGAGCUACAUGAUUUUUUUUUUUUUUUUUUUCUUUCCUUUUUUUUUCUCUCCAUCUAUCAUUACAUGUCUUCUGUUAUAUUACUUCCCUUUCAAUGCAGUCUUAUAGCUCAUCAGAUUUUAGUAUGAAUAAUAGAACAAGAAAAUGAUGUAACUUGUACAAACAUCACUCACUCAUCCAUACACAAAUUCACUCACUCAUUCACUCAUUCAACUCACUUAUGCACUCAACUAACUUAUUUUCUAUUUCUAUUUCUUUAUCCUUUUUCACUUUUUCUCAUACAAAAUAGGAAAGAAUACAAAGUACUAUCAUAGAACCAGGGUUCUAUGUUGAAAUAUGCACUCAUGUAUUCUAUUCUGAGUACUAUGUCAGCUUAUGUUCCCUCUCUCUCUUCUUCACACUCAUUACAAAUAUAAUUUGUCAAUUCCUUUCCAAUAGUGCUUUUUCCUGUCAGUGAAUGCCUAAGUACCGAGCUGCUAAUGUUAAGCAGAAUUCUUCACUGCAGAGAUGUUAGCUGUCUGUAGACAUUUUAUAAGGAAAUUGAUUUUUUUUUUUUUUUUUUCUUUUUUUUUUUUUUAAUUGUAUACAUGCAUUAUUGUAAGAGUUAAAAAUUAAUUGGCAGAUGCAUACUAUAUCGUAGUCACUGGUACAGAAUUGAUGAAGCAUUGCUCUCAUUAGUGUUACAGGAUGUAUUUUCUUCUUUUGGUUAUUUUGAUUACUAUUUUAUAUGUAUGCUUUGGUCAGUGUAUGUUUCUUAGUAGUUUUCAAUAUUAUUAUUUUUAUUCUUUGAUUCUUUUUACUUUAUAACUUGGACAAUUGGGAACCCUUCCUCAUUCACAUUGGUAUAUUGGCUGAAGCCAUGUCACUUCAAAAUUUCUUGUUAAAUUUGGUGAAGUUCAUAAGAUGGUAUUUCAGCAAUUGGGCCCAGAAGUGUUUUGACAUGCCCUGAAGUUGUUUCUGUAAUAGGAAAAUGUGCCUUACCAAAAUUGACAUGUUCAAGCUACCCAUUUGAGGAAACCCAUCACGUCAUAUCUUGAAUAAACACUGUCACUUCUUAACAACAACAGGCAGUUGUUUAGUUUGCAAGUCCUGAGAUCUUGCCACAUUGCACAGGCCUUUACAAUGAAUCGUCCUUUUGUUAUAUUAUGUACCUUUGUAAAUACUCUAUAUAAGCCCCUGAUGCACCUUAUAUUAAGCUUACAUGAUUCCUACUUUCUAUGAAUGGUGGUUUGUAAAUGAGCCAAGUAGCUAUUAGCAUUGUGCAAGAAUUGAUUUUUCAUGCCAUUGUGAGGUACAGUAUCUUACUGGUGAUGAAGCACAAUGUUAAUAGACACUAGUAUAGUCCAUAAAGUGUUGUAUUAUCUUUCUGUAUUUGCUGCCCCUUCUUUUCAUAUCUUACCAAUUUUCCUUUUAAUUUUGUUGUUUUUUGCUUCUUUUUUUUCUUUCCUCUUCUUUCUGCAAGUAUAUUAAGAUUUAGAAGUGCUAACAUAGAAGGAUUUUAUUUAGUCACAAGUCGUAAAUAUGUUUGAAUUUGAGGAUAUCUGCCAGUGACUUAUUACGAAAACCUAGCUUGUGAUUGUUCAGAUGUAAAGUUAUAUGCAAGAGAUACCAAACACUUUGAAUGGAAUAAUAAAAAUCUGCAUAAGUUUCAAUAUAUGUAUUUGAUAUAAUAGAAAAUGUUAUUUCCA